AUGUCAGGUAAUGGUAACAACUUUUCUGUCUCAGUGCUGGAGGUUGACGCCACACUGGGCCGCAGUGAAUACUACUUCUCAUGGAGACACGACGGUGGAAGGAAGUACACUGGCACUGAAGCUGCCAGGGUAUGUACCAGUCUGGGCAGGGGAUGGCAGCCCAUAGGCAUCAGUUCCAGGGAAGAGAUCGCCUUCGUUAUUAGUGUUGUUGGAGGAGAUCGUGUGGAAUACAUCUGGACUGGUGGUGUGAGGUCUGGCUCAGGAUUUACCUGGUUGAAUGGUGAACCAUUCACUGUUGAUAACUGGUCACACACUGGAGGACUCGGCAGACCUCAACCUGACAACCGCGAGAAUGGAAACGAGAACUGCCUGUCUGUGCUAAACAACAUCUACAAUGAUGGCAUCUUAUGGCACGACGUGGCGUGCCACCACCUGAAGCCCGUCAUCUGUGAGAGACACAUUUAACUCCCUCCUCUCACUUGCACACCACGACUCCCUAAAUUUAUCAAGAUCCACAACACUUGUUCUAUUUCUCCCGUAGACAAGGACAAGAAAAUAUAAUUAUUUUGGAAUACCAAGUACA